AUGGACAAGUGGGACCGAGUUUGGCAACUUGUGACGUGCAUAGCUCUGUGGAAUCGGGGCUUUGGUGCUUUAAGUAACGUCCGUCGUAGCUUUAUCUAUUGGAACUCAGAUGAUGGCAAUCGUUAUCUAUUAUUUACAAGAGGAAACAAUAACAAUGAUAGAGAAGUUAGAUGGAGAUUAAUGGUCUUUGACCCCAUUAUCUCAACUGUUGAUAACAGCGAUAAAAAAGUUGACAUUAAUGUUAAUUCAUUGCCAUUGGUUAAAGAUCAAGAUCUAAAUGGUAAAAGUGUAGAAACCAUUCCUGUUAAAUAUGGCCAUGGAAGUAAUAAUGUUAAUGUAAAUGGUGAUUAUGUUAACGGUAAUAAUAAUUCAUCGUCAUUGGUUAAACGUGGUUGUGGAAGACCUAUAAAAAUAAUCAAUCACAUCAAUAUAAUAAUAAAAAAGCUGGACAUGGUUAGACCAAAAAAUCGUAAAGAAUCCAAACAUUAUAAUAAUAUCAUUAAAUGUGACAGGGGCAGGUCAAGUAAAACUGAUUACGCAUCACAAAAUCAUAAUGAAUUGGUUACAACUUCAGAAACUACAAAUAAAAAUAAAAAUAUUGAUUUUUCAGAUAAAGUUGAAAUUCCAGUAAAACAUAGUCGUGGUAAGCCAAAGGAAAUUGAUGAAGAAAACACUAACCUUGUUGCUGAAAAUUCCAAGAAAUACAAGUUGAAUUCGUUGUUUGAAGAAUAUAGCUCAACAUAUCUGAAAACUCAAUCAGAAGAAAAUUUUUUAGAUGCACCUCAAAAUUAUGAGAAAUUAAUUAGUAAAGUAAUUUACGAUUAUGAAACUUCGAAAGUAGCAUCUAUUUUAGAAGUUGAACGAAAUACAUGGUGUUUACUUCAUGAAUUAGAAGCACUUCGUUUAACAGAGAAAGAAAAAACCAAAAUAACUGAAGAUCCAUUUAAGACAGAUAAGAAACGUCUCGAUGAACUUUUUAUAAUAGAUGAUGAAUUUUCAGAAGCUUGGGUUGUACGUCAGUGGUUACAGAGUACUGCACCAUCAUUUAAUCAAGUUGAAACUUUUACUGAAUUUUUUCAAGACACUCUUAUAGAAAAUAACACAAUUAAUGAUAAAUCAAAAUCAAAAUCAAAAAACAUUGAAGCAAGAAAUGAAGAGAUUCUUAAAGAAAAUGAUCAUAUCCCUGAUUUUAAAUUGGUGUCGCUACUUGGUCUUUUUGAAUUUAAUGGCAAAUUACAUCCAAAUGAUGAAGUUUAUAAUAGGGAACUUUAUAAAUCAAUAUUUGAAUAUUUACGUAGAGGAGAAUAUGAAACUGCUUGUGAUUUGUGUAAUAAAGCUAGUCAGCCAUGGUUGGCUGCAUGCAUAAGUGGAUUUUUUUUAUAUGAUGAAAAAGAUUCGGAUUUUAUCAAUUUUGAUGAAGAAACAUUUGGCAAUUUCAAUAGAGAGAUAUGGCGAGUAGCAUGCUAUAAAGCAGCUAAAGAGGUUAAUACACAUCGAGACAAAUAUAAUCGUGCAAUUUUUUCUACACUUUGUGGUGAUGCGGAAAAUGUUCUUCUUGCUUGUAAUUCUUGGGAAGAUUAUCUUUGGGCAUAUUAUAACGAAUUAGUUGAAAGUAAACUAGAACAGUAUUUUUAUGGAAGUAUUCGUCAAAAUAAGAUUAUAAUUGAUGACUUUAGAAUUUCAUCCAAAGUAUUAAAUUUAUCACCAACGGAUAUAUUUAUUAAAGCUUUUCAUGAAAUUCAAACAUACAUAAUUUUGAAUGAUAAAGAUGGAGUGAUUAGAUUUGUAAAUCAAACCCUAUUUAAUAAAUACAAUCUUCGUAAUGAUGAUUCGCUUCUUUAUUCACACAUUCUUCAAUUUGCGGCACAUUAUGUAUUAUAUUUAUUUGAUUUAAUGGAUUCAGUAGAUAAUGAUGCUUACGAGAUUCUUAAAUUAUAUGUAGAUUAUUUAAUAGAACAAAAGAAGGAUUUAUUAGUUCCAAUAUAUGCAUCCAAAUUGCCAAGACAAUUAUCAAUUGAAGCAUAUGCUAAAUUAUUAAAAAGUAUUAUAAUGGAAUAUUAUGAAAGUAGGUAUAAAAUAUUUAAAUUGGGUAAUGAGUAUGGACUUGAUAUGUUUGAAAUUGCACAAAAAGUUUUUGGAACGAUAUAUGAAGAAGUUAAGCAUGUUGAAUGGUUGGAUAUUUGGAAAAAAAAAAUUCAAAAUGCCAAAUUUGAUUCAUAUCAAACUGAAGACUGGAACGAAUCUAUCAAAGAAAAUUGUGAAAACUUGGAAAGAUCAUUUGAUGAACUUAUAAUUUUAUAUUAUAAUCCACAAGAUAAUGAUAUAGACGAAUAUACAUUAACCACAGAUAAACAUGAAGCUUCAACGAAGGAAAUUACAUCUAUUUUAGAUAUUUAUAUUCCAGAAGUAAUUAUUCGAAUGUAUGAUGUUUUUUAUAAAUCACGUGAAAUUAUUCCAGAGUAA